AUGGCAGCAGAGAUGGCCCUGAGCCACCGAGCGCCCCGUGAGGUGCUGAGUGAGGCUGAACUGGAGGAGGUGGCACGGAGGAAACCUCCCACGAAGCCCUCUCUGCGUGGCUGUCUCCACAAGACCAGAUGCUCGGGCUCUGCGGCCAAGUCCCUGCUGUUCCGCUUCCUGCCCUUCCUGCGCUGGCUGCCCCGCUACCCCAUCAAGGACUGGCUCCUGGGGGACAUUGUUUCGGGCUUCAGUGUGGGCAUCAUGCACCUGCCCCAGGGGCUUGCCUAUGCGCUGCUGGCUGGGCUGCCGCCAGUCACGGGUCUCUACUCCUCCUUUUACCCCGUCUUCCUCUACUUCUUCUUCGGAACGUCAAGGCACAACUCCGUGGGUCCCUUUGCCGUCAUCUCUGUCAUGAUCGGGAGCUUGACAGAAUCCUUGAUGCCCAGCGAGGACUUCCUGGAGUCCGUCAAUGGCAGCAAUGCAACGGUCAAUGAGGAAUUGCGCGACACUCGCAGGGUGGAGCUGGUGGCCACCAUCACUGUCCUGACGGGUAUCUUCCAGGUGCUCCUGGGGCUCCUGCAGUUUGGAUUUGUGGUGACCUACCUCUCAGACCCGCUGGUGCGUGGCUACACCACUGCUGCCUCUGUGCACGUGCUCAUCUCCCAGCUCAAAAAUGUUUUUGGAGUCUCUCAAAGCGAGCACUCGGGGCCGCUCUCGCUGUUUGUGACUGUCAUCGAUCUCUGCAAGAAGCUGCCAGACACCAAUGUGGGCACCCUGGUGACUUCCAUCAUUGCCAUGGUGUCCAUAUUGAUUGUGAAGGAGCUCAACCACAAGUUUGGUGCCAAAUUGCCCAUGCCCAUUCCCAUCGAGCUUAUCACGGUACCCAGAGCUGCCCCAACCUCCUGGGGGAUGCAUCCAGGAAUCCCUGGUGUAUCCCUGUCCCCUUCAGGGCGGGGAGCAGUGGGACUGGGUUCCUUGGCAAGUGCUGCUCCAGGGCAUGUGUUCCUCCACCACAGUCCCUGUGCAGGAAGACCCUGCCUCAUUCCAGUUAUUCUCCCCCAGAUCAUCGUUUCCACCGGCAUCUCCUAUGGGGUCAACCUGAAAGAAAAGUUUGGCGUCUCUGUGGUGGGCAACAUCCCCAGCGGGCUGAAGCCACCUGUGGUCCCUAACAUGAGCUACUUUGGGCAGGUGGUGGGCAAUGCCUUUGCCAUUGCCGUGGUAGGCUACGCCAUCUGCAUCUCCCUGGGCAAAAUCUUUGCCCUGAAACAUGGCUACAAAGUGGACAGCAACCAGGAGCUGAUUGCACUGGGCCUCUGCAACUUCCUAGGAGGCUUCUUCCAGUGUUUUGCCAUCAGCUGCUCCAUGUCGAGGAGCCUGGUACAGGAGAGCACAGGGGGCAACAGCCAGGUAGCUGGUGUCAUCGCAUCCCUGGUCAUCCUGGUGACCAUUGUGAAGAUUGGAGAACUCUUCCGGGACCUGCCCAAGGCCAUCUUAGCUGCCAUCAUCAUUGUCAACCUCAAGGGCAUGUUCAAGCAGUUCAAGGACCUUAGCACUCUCUGGAAGUCCAAUAAAGUGGACCUGCUGGUCUGGGUUGUGACAUUCAUAGCCACCCUCCUGCUCAACUUGGACAUCGGCCUGGCAGCCUCGGUGGCGUUUGGGUUGCUCACGGUCAUCUUCCGUACCCAGCUCCCGCACUACUCCAUCCUGGGGCGCAUCUCUGACACCGAUGUCUACAGGGAUGUGGUGGAAUACGAGAUGGCACAGGAGGUCCCUGGCGUGAAGAUCUUCCGCUCUUCUUCAACCAUUUAUUUUGCCAACGUGGAGCUGUAUGCCGAGGCCCUGAAGAAAAAGAGCGGCAUUGAUGUGGACCGCCUGAUUGAGAAGAAGAAGAAGGCCCUCAAGAAGCUGAAGAAACAGCAGAAGAAACUGGAGAAGGAAAAGGCAAAGAAGAAAAAGAGUGCAGGGGACGGUCCAGGUGUGGCGGUGAUUGAGUUGAGUGCAGGAGAGCGCAGCGCACCCUCAGAGCCCACCCUGCGCAGCCUAGGGCUGCCCCAGCCCAGCUUCUCCGCUGUUAUCUUGGACUUCAGCCCCGUCAGCUUUGUGGACACCGUCUCCAUCAAGAUCCUGAAGAAUAUCUUCAGGGAUUUCCGUGAGAUAGAAGUGGACGUCUUCAUUGCCAGCUGUCCGGUAUCUGUCCUGGCCCAGCUGGAGCAGGGCAACUUCUUCAGUUCAGCCAUCACCAAGCACUCCUUCUUCCCCUCGGUGCAUGAUGCCGUGGUGCACAUCAGCAGGGAGCGGCACCAGGCCUCGGCGGACCACAGCACCAGAAUGUAGCCCCUUGAGAGGAAGAUGUCUUCCCCAGGAGAUGGGCAGGCAAGGAUGGCACCCUGAUGACACCAACUCGGCCACCCUGGGGCCCAGAUGCCCAGAUUCCCACCAGCCCCUCUGGACUCUGAGUGCUGGGGCUCACCCUGUCCAUGAGCCCUGCUGUGGUGGGGCUGCUGCUGGCCGGAGCUGCUGCUGGCUGUCACGCCGAGGGGCUGCCGGGACCUGCCCCACCUGGCCAGGAUGUGGCUGCGGGGUGGUGGAGGGGCCAAAGGGUUCCUGCUCCCAGCAGCGGGCUGGCAUCAUGAAUAAAGCUCCGUGGUGUUCCCCA